CAGAGCAAAACCUUGACUCAGAAAACUUUAAAAAAUAAUAAUAAUAAAAGAUAAUUUAGAGCACAUACAAGAGGAUUCCUAGGAUCUGGAAGAGUAACUCAGUCUAGUCAAACUCUCUUCCUUUCUGUUCAAUUUUAUAAGCAUUCUGACCAGGUCUUUAGUGAUCAGGAACUAGACAACUGUCUAAUGUAAGAGCAUACGCUUUGGAUCCAGAAAGUCUUGGAUUUGAACCUUUGCUCCACCUUGAUUCCUUAUUUUCUGUGGGUUUUUGGGCAAGUUACUUAACCUAGUUGGAGUGCCUCGGGCUUGGUUUUGGAGUCCAGAGUAGGUCUUUCUUUUCCAAGAAUUGACAAGUGUUUGCACUUGGUCAGAACUGGUAUUCUUGUAUCUUCAAGAGCAAGAGAAAGGUGAGUCUGGGUCUGGAGCCUCCAAAGAAUUGUUCAGUGAUAACAUAUGGACUCUCUUGUUAAGUCUUUGUAACUACAGAGAACUGGAGAGCUGCUUGGUUCCAACCAAUCGUGAAGGCUGAAAUGUUUUUUUAGAUUCUGAAUUCCUCUGGGGCUUAGAGGGAAGAAAGUAGUAGGUGGUUAGGUGGGGAACCAAAAUGGAAGAUCCCAAUCACAUGCCAAGACCAAAGUGUAAACAGGAGUGACUAUUAACUUGGGAUUGGCAGGAAGAGAUAUAUGUUUAUGUGUUCUCUGCCUUCCCACCUCCUGCUUCCUCCUAGACUCAUUUGUGUGUGGUCCUGGUACCUUUGGGCCUAUUUUGCAGUGACAUUAUAGUAACUAAAUUAUGUCAAGCAAUCUAGGUUUCUUACAUUCACUUAUGCCUCCACAACUGUUGACUUUUUCCUUCUCACAUAUCAAUUAUUCUGCCCUUUCCUGUUUGUUUCUGUUUGUUUGUUUUUAUCCCUCAGGUGCUCAGGAACAGCCCAUGGAAGAAUCAUAUGAAGAGGUGGUAACUGAGGUCGUAAGCAGGAGUGGACAUGUUUGGAUUUCCAACAGCUACCCUGCUGGACUGUCAUGGAAGAUAUGCCCAGAAUGUAGCGUUCUUCAGUGAAUGUGAUGACUGAAGCCCACCACAAGUAUGACCACUCUGAGGCUACAGGAUCCUCAAGCUGGGAUAUCCAAAAUUCUUUCAGGAGAGAGAAGCUAGAACAAAAAUCCCCAGAUUCGAAGACCCUACAGGAAGAUUCACCUGGAGUGAGACAAAGGGUCUAUGAGUGCCAGGAGUGUGGAAAAUCCUUCCGGCAAAAAGGUAGUCUAACAUUACAUGAGAGAAUCCACACUGGUCAAAAGCCUUUUGAGUGCACCCACUGUGGAAAAAGCUUCAGGGCCAAAGGCAAUCUUGUUACACAUCAGCGGAUACACACAGGAGAGAAACCUUAUCAGUGCAAGGAGUGUGGGAAAAGCUUCAGUCAACGAGGUAGUCUCGCUGUCCACGAGAGACUCCACACUGGACAGAAACCCUAUGAGUGUGCUAUUUGUCAGAGAAGCUUCAGGAAUCAGAGUAACCUUGCUGUUCACAGGAGAGUUCACAGUGGUGAGAAGCCCUAUAGAUGUGAUCAGUGUGGAAAAGCCUUCAGUCAGAAAGGAAGCUUAAUUGUUCACAUCAGAGUCCACACGGGCCUGAAGCCCUAUGCCUGUACCCAGUGCAGGAAGAGUUUCCACACCAGGGGGAAUUGUAUUCUGCAUGGCAAAAUCCACACAGGAGAGACACCCUAUCUGUGUGGCCAAUGUGGAAAAAGCUUCACCCAGAGAGGAAGCCUGGCCGUGCACCAGCGAAGCUGCUCACAGAGGCUCACCCUUUGAUCACUCUCUUGAACAGAAGUUCUCUUUAUGAAUUAAGAGUACAAAAUUCUCUGAGAUGAAGCAACCUAUUCAGUUCUAUGGAAUGAAUGGAGAAUCUUUCAGAAAGACCAUCAUCGGGUAGGACAAACUGACUUUUCUCCUUUCCCCCAAAAGAGUAUGAGAAAUAAAUGUCUUGUUUAUUAUCAUUAU